AUGGGGAUGAUUCUCAAACUUGAUGUCGCUUGCAGAUGUCUCGACAAAGCUGCUGUACUCUCAGAUGCAGAGGCAAAAAAUGGGGAUUACAACUCGUGGAGGCUGUGUACGGUGACACAAGUGGAGGAGCUCAAGAUUCUAAUCCGCAUGUUCCCCAUCUGGGCCACUGGAAUCGUGUUCUCCGCUGUUUACGCACAGAUGUCCACAAUGUUCGUGGAGCAAGGCAUGAUGAUGGAUACCACUGUCGGUUCCUUCACCAUCCCACCGGCGUCCCUCUCCACAUUCGAUGUCAUCAGCGUGAUCUUCUGGGUCCCGGUGUAUGACAGCGUCGUUGUUCCCAUUGCCCGAAAAUUCACUGGAAAGGAACGCGGAUUUUCGGAUUUUCGGAUUUCGUAA